UCACUGAAAUCAGAAGCUCAUGGAGAGAAGCUAUUCAGACUGAGGGCUCAUCGGACACAGAGCGCGCCCCAGCUGAAGUAACGGCAGAAGCAGCUCCAAUGGAUGCUACCUCUAUAGUGCAGAAAGUGGCAGAUUCUAGAUUCCUGUGCUCUGUACCUACAUCUCUUGUACCUGACCUUUAUUCUCCCUUCUCGGAAAAGUCUCAGUUAAGGUCUAUGGAACUUAGACCUCAAGAGCAGAUGAGGAUAAGUCCUAUCAUUGAACCUCCAGUUUCAGAAAUGUCUGGAAUACAAGAGAGUGAGAAAACUGAAGCACAGAAGUUAAAAUGUCUUGUUUUGGAUAAAGGUUCUGUGGAAGAUCCAGAAGAGCACACUUCUCAAUAUUUAAAGAGACAGAAUACCUCAGAUGCUUGUUCAGAAAAUAAUAGUAGAGCAAAUGCCCUACCUUCAGAUCACUUUCAGCAUUCUUUCAUGGAUGGAAAGCUGCACUGGAAUGUAUCUUCACUGUUAAGUUCUGUCAGUCAUGAAGCUGGCUGCUUGGGGAUUUGGGGUGAGACAAUUCCUGAAGAACUUUAUAACAUAGAUACCAACAAAUCUGCAAGCCCAGAAUCUGAUUUUGAUGGGAUAGACAGUGCAUAUAUAACAAAUACUUCAAAAAAUGAAGAGGAUAUAGAAAAAUCAGAGCUAAAUCUACAAUCCCCAUUCAAGACAUAUGAAGUAGUGAAAAAGACUGCAUCUAGAAGUGAAGAAGAGCUGCAUCAAUCAUGUGAUGGAGGUGAAUCUGUAAGUUCUAGAUCAGACCCAAGUCUUGCAACAGGAAAAAGAGAGAGAGAUAAAUUGAAUGAUUCUCUAGAACUCUUCUGCUUGGAUGAGGAAUAUACCAGGACGCCAUCGCCACAGUCGCUUAGUGAAAGAAAAUACUCCCUGUCAUCUGUGCUGGCAUCCUGUCAACAUCUGGAAGAAAUGGCGUCAGUGGUGCAUGAAAUCCCAUUUGACUUAAUAAUGAAAUUGAAAGUGCCAUUCAGUAUAUUCAUCAAUGACCUGGACAAAGGGCUGGAGCGCACCAUCAGACAGUGUGCUGAUGAUACAAAUGUGGGAGGAGUGGCCGACAUGCCAGGAGGCUGUGCUGCCAUCCAGCAUGGCCUGGACAGGCUGGAAA